AUGUCUGGGGUAGAGGCUCUCGGGGCCGUAGCCGGUACGGCUCAACUGGCCUCCUAUGUGUCGAGACUUAUCCUCGCAAUUCAACGCGCCAUUAGUCAAUUAAAAGAUGCUCCUCGUCGUUUGCAAGAGCACAAGAAUGGACUUCUUGUCCUAGCAUCUUUUCUCGAAUUUGUCAGCCAAACAGAUUACCUCUUAGCGACAGAAAUACAGUCUUACCUAGCGCAGAUCCAGAGCAAUGUCAACACUCUUCUAGAAGUGCUAGAUUCCAGUCUCCGACACGCAACAGACAAAUCCGUGAAACGGUACUGGAGAGUGUUGAUCAAUCCCCGAAGUGAAGAACAAAUCCUCAACAGCUUUAUUGCCUUAGAAAGGGACAAGAGUAGCUUGCAACUUUGGUUGAUAGGGGCCACUGGACAAUCUUUGCAUGAGAUUCAUCACCUAAUUGAGGUAAACAUGAGACCUAGCAAGAAAAGAGAUUGCAGAGUCAAACCUUCCCAGGCUUCAAAGCAUGAGGAGGCCGGGAGUCGUGAGGUGACGAUCCCACAAGGCGCAGGCGCAAUUGCAGCGGGACCAGGACAAGACGUUGAGAUGCAAGAGAGUCCGGGACGAGUCGUUCCAGGACAUUUGCCCGGAGAAAACACUCCAAAUGCCGCCCCCCGGUCUUCCUGGGAAGACUGGAAGCAAUCCUCAAACUUAGUGACCCGAGCUGGAAAGGGUGCAAUGCAGAAGCGACGCAUGAAGGCGGUUCGGCGGAAGUAA